AUGUCUUUGCCAACUACCAAAUUAAAGAUGUCUUUGUCAACAAAAUUAAAGAGAAAGUCGAUGAAAAUACCAAAAAUGACUGAUCCUCAAGUGGUUAAACUUCCGGCUGCUGGAUCGAUCGCAGUUGACAAGUUGAUGAGUGGUGAGAAAAAGGUAGAAGUUGAAGCGAGGGCAGAACAACACAUGGAGCAAGAAGAACAGCUACGCGAGUUGACAACAAAACCCGAUGUUUAUCAAAUCCUGCCGUAUGCCGACGAGGAUAAGAGUAAAUGCGUUGUGAAAUAUCCGAGUAAUGAUAAUAAGAAAGAACAACAUAUCGCCAAAUCUCUUGAUACUUUGACUGGCAAAGGACCGACUGUAAGACCGGAGGUCAAUCAAGAAGAACUUGAGGUAUUCCAAAAAUCUUUUGUACGAGGAAAUGAACAAACAUUGACAACUGCCGCUUCUCAAUCUCGCGGUUCGAAUCGCGGUGUACUAAACAAUCAAUUCGAAUUCCCAUUACGAGACAAGAACGAAUUAUCUGCUUCAUCACCAUCACCACGAGACAAGAACGAAUUAUCUGCGCCAUCAAAAACUAAAGAUUUUUCAUUAUCAUCAUUCACAAUAAUAAAUUCAUUAUUUCCUUUAUCUACAUCAAAGAUGCCACCAUCGCAAGACAUCAUAGAAACUUCAAUAGACACAGCUGAUAAUAAUAUCCAUAAUAAUAUUGAUCAUAAUAUUGCUAAUAAUAAUAUUGAGCAUAAUAUUGCGUUCAAUCCUACGCAUUUCUCAGAAAGCAAGUUUGAAAACGGAUGGUAUAGUGAUCCUGAGGGGAUGAAGAAAUCUGUCGAUAGUAAUUUAAAAAGCAAAGUUAAGCGUUUUCAAGAAACGAAGGGCAAAAUGCCAAUGGAUCAAUCACUAACCAACAGUAGUAACAAAAAUACAGCUCAAUACGGUUUCGCAUCAAAUAAUUUUCAAACCACUAUCGCUGCCCCGGUUCCAUUUGUUGAACCUACUGCACAAAAUUCGGAUGCGUUUUUUGCGAAAAUUUCGAGUGAAGUAGCUGCGCGGGUUGAAAGUGACAUGGAACAUCGAUUGUCGAAAUUUUUUUCGGAUGUCAAGGAGUCACUGUCGCACGAAAUAAAUAAAUUGCAGAAUGUGUUACCAAGUUCUUACGAUGAAAAACGCAAAGAACACGAGUGGAUCAAUGUGGAAGAGGCAAGAUUUGAAAAAAUACGAGACGAAUUAACCCACGUAAUAAAAGAGCAUUUGACCAAACGGGAAGCCAAAAAUCUAAAAAAUCAACAUGAACUUCAGAAUACCACAAAUAUCCUAGACAGACAUAACAAGCUACAAAAUCAACAUGAAGCUCUUCAAGAAACUUUUUAUCAGAUUCAAAAACAGUUAAUUGAUUAUAGCGAGUUGAAUUCACAAUUCAAAGAUUUACAAAACGAACACAAGCAAUCACAAAAUCAGUUGCAAUCAUACUUGCUGCGUUAUCAAGAACUACAAAAUAAACUACACACGGUAGAAAACGAAUUAAACCAAUUUCGACGCGAGAAUGUCGAGUUGGUCAGUGAAAAUGCAAAACUGUCUGAAGAGAAUCAGAGAAACAAAUUAGAACUAUUACAGCAGCAAGAGCUGACAAAUCUCGGGACCGAGUUUUCCGUGGAGCUACAACGGAAGGAUUCAUCCACCGCCUAUUUAUCAUUGGAAAAUGACUUAAACCAGGCUCGUGACGAAAUGCUUAAUCUGAACCGCGAAUACGAAGAUAAGAUAAUGAAACUUAAUGACAAGUGCCAUACUCUAACACAAGAAAAUCAAACUUUGCUUAUGGAAGAGGAAUUAUGGCUUAGCAAAGAAGCGAAAUGGAAAGAGACAGAACGCGCUCAGCAAAAAGAAAUACAUGAGAAGAAUUAUUCGUGGAUGGUUAAAGAAGAAGCACACCGAGCGAAAUGCCAAGAAUUGGAAAAUAAAAUUCGUGAGUUGCAAUUAACUUUAGAUAAAAACAAGGAAAUCGAAAAGGAUCGGAUCCGCGACAAUGAGUCUUCUCAAAAAGAAAUUAUACAACUACGAGAUCAAAACUCUGCACUCGAAGCAAAACUUGCGAGAUCUUCUAAACGGAAUCGGGAAAUGGAAGUUCAACUGAGCAAUUUUGAUCCUCUUAUAAAACAUAUGGAGGAAGAAGCCGUUAAGUUAGAAUUAGAAUUGAUGUGUCAGAGGGUAGAACCGAACACUGAAGAAGUUGAAAAAUUGAGAAAACUAUAUUCUGAUCAGCAGUCUGAGUUGGAGAAUAUCGAGAAAGAAUCCAAAGAAAACAAAAAACGUAUCGAAAAUCUUGAAAUGGUGUGUGAUCAAUCACGAUCUGAACUCGAAUUGGUUAGGAAACACAAUAAAGAGCUGGAGGAAGACUUGAACACUGAACGAAAUAAAAACUUUGAUGUUGCCCGACGCAUUAAACAAGAAACUGAUAAAUUAAGAAUUACCGAAACCGAAAAGAAUAAUUUACGACAACAGUUGACGAAAACUGAUGUAGAUUUGAAGCGUUUGCGUGAUAAAGUCGAAAAUUUAGAGACUAAAACUGCGGAAUUGAGCAAAGUUCGCUCGGAAUUAAAUGAAGUGCACUCAAAAUUAAAAGAUGCAGAAACCCAAAAAUCACGACUUCAACGAGAAAACAACAAAAUUCCAAAUUUGGAAAGCGAAAAGUCACAAUUGCAGAACGAAAACAAGCGGCUACGCGGUGAAUUGGACGGCGAAAAGACCAGGAUAAAAACGGAACUUGAUAAAUUACGUGAAGCGGAUAAAGAAAAAGCAAAAAUGUUAGAAAAGAUUAACAAUCUUAAAAAUACAGAGAUAGAGGCAAACCGUUUACGUAGUGAAUUAUCCGAACUAUCAAAUGAUAAGUCGCUUUUACAAACAGAUUUGCGCCGCGUCGAAGCAGAAAAACUGCAGUUGAAGGCCGAAAUUUUGCGUCUUACAUCUCUUCAACAACCACAGCAACAACACCCGACUACCUUUUUCCCAUCGCUAUCCCACAUUAACAAUUAUAAUUCUCUUCCACCGCCGAUAUCACAAACUACUUUUACUCAGCAAACACCGAUUGUUUCACAACAACCUGUCAGUUAUAACUAUUUGCCAAAUAACAACAACAUUAGUAAUAAUGUGCAAUCAGAAGCUAUCGCUAUGGUUAUUCCCACAAUUAAUUCCCAAACUCCUUUUGUUAACAAUUUCCUUCCCACUACACAAGGUGAUGCUAUCCCAUCUAUCAAUACUGCUGACGCAAAUCCUGUUAUUGACGAACGGAAGGAUCAACUAUUAUCCGAAACUAAUCCUGCAGUUAAAGUAAAUCCACAAACGCCAGUCAAUGGAAGAAAAAGCAAGUCUGGUUCUCGAAACCACAGCCGUAAAAAUUCACGUCAAACAAACGCAAAUAAUCAUAAUAAGAAUGUUAAUCAAAAGCAAAAAGGUCGAAAACUUUUAAAUCAUGAAAAUGGUUCGUCUUCUAGUGCAACGGCUGCUACAUCAACGAACAAUAUCACUGCUAAUGAACCUUUAAAUACCGCUGUACGCGCCAAAAAUACCUGGAAAAAGGGCAAUCUCGUGAAUUCCGCGUGGUGGUCUGAAGAGAAAAUAAUUCGAAAUUAA